AUAACUGCAGAAGCAGCAAUAUGGUGACUACCCACCCUAGUGAGGAGCGACCUGCGCCUUUGGACAGACGGCGAAGCCCGCCGUGUAAGCGGCAGCGCCCAGAGGACGUGACGCCCGAGGAACGGCCUGAGCCCCACGGCGGCGUCGAAGCCGGCCUCCAGCUUCGCGCGCCCGUCAAGAAAAGCAAGCCGCCCCCAGUGGGGCGUCUUUCUGGACGGGUCGGCUCCCCUCGCAGCUGCGAGUCUAUGCACCCUCUGGAUCGACAGACAUUCCGCGAUUACGGGCAAAGCUGGUACCGCUUCCGAAAAGAGCUGGAGAGCAAGUUCCAUCCGCUCGACCCGCUGGCCCAGCAGCCUCAAAUAACUGCAGAGGCCCGGUGCAAACUGAUCAGCUGGCUAAUUCCAGUGCAUAAACACUUCGGCUUCUCUUUUGAGUCCUUAUGCCUGGCAGUAAACACUCUUGACCGCUUCCUCACCACCACCCCAGUGGCUGCUGACUGCUUCCAACUCCUAGGGGUCACCUCCCUCUUCAUCUCUUGCAAACAGGUGGAAGUGCAUCCACCCAAGGUAAAACAGCUCUUGGCCCUUUGCUGUGACACUUUCUCUCGCCAACAGCUCUGUAACCUAGAGAGCAUCAUUCUAAACAAGCUUCACUUCAGUCUGGCAGCCCCCACCAUCAAUUUCUUUGUGGAACACUUCACUCAUAUGCGGAUGGAGGCUUGUGAAGCUGAUGCCUGGGAGGCCAACAAUGCCAAAGCUCUGGCCAAAGGUGUGGCUGAACUUAGUCUCGCUGACUAUGCUUUUAACAAAUAUAUGCCUUCCUUGCUGGCUGUUUGCUGUUUGGGGCUGGCCGAUCAGAUGUUGCAGCACGAAAAACCUCUGAACUUGCAAUUAAGUGACUAUCCAGAAGGAGUUUUACAGGAUUGCUUGAACAAACUGCAUUUACUGGUGUCUUUGAAUGAGGACUCUUUGCCUCUGAUACUACCCCCUGAGAUUUCAGAUCAAUGUCUGCACUUAGAAAAAUAGAUAACCAAACAAAAAUACUUGAAAUGCUGUUUGUGACCAUGCAUUUGGAAGUUUGUCCAAUUUUUCCAAUGCAAGUGUGGAAGGACCAUAGAUAGUUGCAAUACCUCUAAAAUAACAGUAUUCUCUUUGUACUUUUGUUCAGUAGGCUCUUCAAAAAGUUUUACAUGAUAUUUAU